AUGGCACCCUUUAUCGAAGGCAUCUGCCAGUCACAGCCGGACCAACAAUUUGUUGGCGUUCUACAUGAAUUGAAUGGAAAUGAACAGCCAGCAAGGUCAAUCUACAUUCCUGCUGGCGAGACUGUUGUGAUUGGUCGAAGUCCUAAAUCAUGUCAAAUCGUCGUGAACGAUUUUAGAGUGUCCAAGAAACAUCUUCGAAUAUAUGCAAUUGUCUUUGACCAAGACAAUCCCACAGAAGUGGCGCCCCUGGCCUAUGCACAAGAUACCUCAUUGAAUGGCACUCUCUGGAAUGGCCGCCGGAUGGAUAGAAAGACAGGCGGGGUACUGCUGAGCAAUGGAGACACUCUCAGAAUAUGUGACAACAUUGCCUUCACCUUUCAGUCACUAUGUAAUGAUCAAUUUCCACUCUCCAGCCUUCAGCUAAAUGAAAUAAAGAGAUUUAAAGAUGAAUACCUCAUCACAAAUCGAAGGCUUGGGUCAGGAGCAUAUGGCCAUGUUCACAUGGCACUCAAUCUGCGAAAUGGCACACAAGUAGCCUGUAAAAUUGUGGAUCUAUCGGCCAUAAAAUCUCGUCUUCAGGGUUCAGACAGUCGUGCCCUUUACCAGCAGCACCAAGCAGCCCGCUGCUCUGGCAAUAAUCCCGAAUCAGACUCGCAAGAAGGCCAAGAAUUCCGGACGGGGCAGCAGACGGCUCGUAAAGUAGAAGAAAAACUCAGGGUAUAUGAGAGAGAGGUCGAAAUUUUACAAACACUUCGACAUCCAAAUAUUAUCGGAAUCGAGAUGGCUUGCAAUACCGGAAGCACACUGUAUAUUUUUGAGGAUCUAAUACCCGCAGGCGACCUUUUCUCAUUUCUUGAGUAUAGACAAGGAAAUCUUCCAGAUGUCGAAGCGGCAGUAAUUGUAAGACAGAUUGCGAUGGCGCUUGACUAUCUGCACGAUAAAAACAUUGUGCACCGCGACCUGAAACCCGACAAUAUUUUGAUGACUUCUUUGGUCGGCGGAUCUCGAGUAGUUCUGACUGACUUCGGCUGCGCUCGGCAUCUUCCCCAGGAACCAGCACGCAUGGCUUCGAUCAUGGGGACGUUUGAAUACACUGCGCCAGAAAUAGAUCGGUCAACAAUACGUAUAAGCAAAGGUUAUACCAAAUCAGUUGAUUUGUGGUCUCUCGGGUGUGUGACGGCUGUGCUCCUCACGGGAGGAUCUCCGUUUCAACACUCAAGCUCUCAGGCAUAUUCGCGAAAACUGGCUCAAGAAUGUAACCUUGAGAGUCUUGAGAGAUCUGAUGAAUGGAUUAAGGUUGGAAAGCGAGCAAAGAGCUUUGUGCGGCGACUCCUCGUUCUUGACGAGAACCUCAGGAUGACAGCCAAGGAAUCUCUCCAACACGAAUGGUUCACCAACCCAUCUCACAAGCUUGCUUUCAACAAAAUCUAUCAGAAGGAGAUUUCUGAUUGGAAGCCACGGUCUGACGUUCUUGCUGGGCUAAAGGAGCCGGAUAUAAAAUCGCCAAUGGCUCAUGAAACGCUUUCGUCCCAUGUUUUGAGGGGCCUAAAUCAGCCCCGUGUACACAGCAAGAAAACGCCAGGACCAAAGGCCUCUUUAGUCAAGGCAUUGGGGACCCAAUCAGGGUGGGAGGCGCAAGAACCGACACCAGACACAGGGGCAGUCCGUAUUCGGGACUUGAAAUGCGAUGCUACCGCGAAAGGCGAUGAGUUUGGGAAUCUGGAAAUUGAGCGUCCUACUAUUGUGCCAAACAAUCGCAAUAAAGCCCAAUGUACUGCACGGACAGCUGCUUCUCCCAUGCGACACCCAUUCAGCCCGGCGGCGUGGAGUAAAGCCCGGUGUUCUAAGCCAAAACAAGCGCAAGAACUAAGGAAAAACCAGGCAGGCCAUCAGUCUACCAAUAAUAAUAGUGCAUCCAAAGGAAACACGCAUUUACGGCGCCUAUCGAAGCAAGCCAUGUUAGCUGGUCACGCUAGGAAAAGGCGUGCCGUGGAUAUCUUCGCAUUUGAGGAAGAUGACAUUAUUGGGGAUUGCCAGGCUCCUGUCUCGGGACAGAGAAAGUGGUGA